GAGAGAGAGAGACCCUGAAACUGAAUCUGAAAACCAAAACAAAAACGUAAAAGCCAAAAUCUGGUUUGACUCGAUUCGACGAUACGCCACGAGCAAUCCGCAGACGAGCCUCCUUCCAGUGUUUCGGUUGCUGUGCUCCACUUUCAGUGGCUCUGGCUCUGGCUCCAUCUUUGGCUGUGUCUCUGACUCUGUUUACUGGCACUGGCCACUGGCCACUGGCCACUGGAUCUGCCCCGAUAAAGGCAAUAAACAAAAGACGAGAGAGCUGUAGCUGUGGCUGAACCGCAAACUGGUUCUGGUAUCUGUUUUAUUGUGUGAUCUGCAGGCUGCAGCUUGAAGUUGUAGUUGCAGUUGUAGUUGUAGUUGGACUCAUGUCUUACGCUGUUGAUUAUUUCGCGGAUAUGGGACAGAUCUCACAAGAUUGUUCCUCAGCAGCCACAAGCACAGACUUUGACAUGGAUGAUCUCGACGAUUUGGAUCAAGUGACGCAGGUGAUCGGCUACCAUCCGCACUUUCACGAUCACUUUCUCCGCACCCAGAACUUCAUCAUGAAGGGCGACGGACCCCUGCCCAACGACUACAGAUACUAUCUGGCCAUAAUUGCUGCUGCCCGACACCAGUGUCCGUAUUUGGUGAAGCGCUACGAGAAGGAGUUCAUCAAUCAGGGUGGGAGCAGCGAGUGGCUGCGCGGACUGGACCACAUCCCCGACAAACUACGUGCCAUAUACGAUAUAAAUAAAAUAUUAGCCCAUCGUCCCUGGCUGUUGCGCAAGGAGCACAUUGAGCUUUUGACAAAGGGAAUAAAUAGCUGGUCCCUGUCGGAGGUGGUGCACGCGAUGGUCCUGCUAUCGCAUUUCCAUUCACUGUCUUCAUUUGUGUUCUCCUGCGGCCUCACACAAAAGCUAGAUGGCCUGUCUAGUCCCAAACUGAAGAGUGCUCCUGCCACGUUGGGGGCACCGGCAACAGCAACAGCAGCAGCAGCACCACCACCACUACCACCCCAACCACAACCACAACCAUUGCUGUCCGUUGCCAAUGCGGCAACCAUCGUCCGACAGACCACCACCACCCCCGUCCACCAGAAAACAGUUUUGGGUGAGAUAUCACUCAACGCCGGCGGCGCCGGCGGCACAAAGCCGGAUUACAAUACCCAAAACGCUGCGAGCAACAAUGGAAGCGGAGGUGCACCUGGAGAUGGUGCCGGUGGUGCAGCUGGCGGUGGUGGGGCUGGUGCAGCGGCCCUCAAUGGGUAUUUGGCAACGGCCCAGCAACUGCCCCAGCAGCACGGCAUCAGUGUGGAGGCCCUGAUGGAGCGAAUGAAGGUGCUCUCCCAGAACCAGGACGAGUGCAGUGAGGCGGAGCUGAGCAGCAGAUUCAAGAACGUGGAGAUGCAGACCGCCGAACUGGCGGCCGUGACGCCGGGCCCGGCGGUGGCCUUGCCCCCCAAUAUCUCUCACUAUGUGGACGAUGCGAAUUUCAUUUACCAGGACUUUGCCCGUCGCGGAGCGGAGAAUGUGAACACGUUUCGCAUACAGGACUACUCCUGGGAGGAUCACGGCUACUCGCUGGUGGAUGGGUUGUACAACGACGUGGGCACUUAUUUGGAUGAGAAGUUCCGCUCGGCCUACAACCUCACGUACUGCACCAUGGGUGGGAUCAAGAAUGUGGACACCUCCAAGUUCCGACGGGCCAUCUGGAACUAUAUACAGUGCAUAUACGGCAUCCGUCACGACGACUACGACUAUGGGGAAGUGAAUCAGCUGCUUGUCCGACCGCUGAAAAUGUUCAUAAAGACAGCCUGUUGCUUUCCCGAGCGUAUUACCACCAAGGAUUAUGAUAGUGUGCUUGUCGAGCUGCAGGACAGUGAAAAGGUUCAUGUGAAUCUGAUGAUAAUGGAAGCCCGCAAUCAGGCCGAGUUACUCUAUGCUCUGCGCGAGAUAAUGCGCUAUAUGACUUGAUCUCAUUAAAAGAAUAACUCUAUAUACGUAUAUUACACCCCCAUACACACACACACACAAACAAAUGAAAACAUGAAACAUUUUGAAAGUGCAUAAACAAAUGCAGCGAAAGGAACAGGAAGCAGCACCAGCAGUAGGAACCAGAACCAGAACCCGAACCCGAACCAGAAUCAGAACCAGUAGCACCGAUGCGGGAAAUACUCGUAGUCGAUGGAGAACACAAUGAUUUGUGCAAUAAAAAAUCAUAAAAAAUUCA